ACUCAACAAAAAAGAAUUGAAGAAUCCCGAAUCCCCAUUGCUAAAUAACCUAAAGAGUCAUAAACAUAAGAAAUCUCUUAAGAAGAAAUGAAAACCAGCAUAGAAACUUUAAUUUCUCAAGAAAAUGAAGAAUUUAAUAGCGAAAAAAACGUGUUAAGGUGUCUUGAUUGUGAUUUUGAAACUGAAAACAUCGAUGAGCUUGAUGAUCAUAUUCUCGCUAACCACGACCUUAAAGAUGAGAUUGUUCCCCCAGAAGACAAAUUCGAGAUUGUUCAAGAUGAUGACCACCCCGCUAAGAAUACUAGAAAAAGAAAAAGAGCGACUCUACCUAAGAAUCUUCCAAAAAAUAUACCUAGAGCAAAGAUCAUAGUUAAAAACCAUGACCCUAAGUUCAAGCUGUGUGAUGCAGAUGAAUUUGAGGAAGAUGGUGGAACAACUGGAAGGGGUUCAAAAAGAGGGAAAAGGCAUCCCAGUGAACCUAUGCAUUGUGACUUAUGUGACUUCAAUACCACAAAAAAGAGUGUACUGGCGACACAUAUGUUAAACCAUUCAGAUUUGGUACCACCAGUUUACUACAAGUGUUCACAAUGCCCAUAUCAGACAAAAAGAAAGAAUGACAUGCCUAAACAUAUGUUGGGACAUUGCAGCAAUGCCCAACUGUACAAAUGCUUUGAAUGUCCAUACGCAACCAAACGAAAAUCAGAUUUAACAAAACAUAUUCUCUGUCAUCGACCUACAGAUAGCGUACCACUGUAUAAAUGCAGCAGCUGCCCGUACGUGACCAAAAGAAAAGGAGAUCUGCCCAAGCACGAGAUGAACCACGCCGACAAAAGCCAGAUGUAUACCUAUAAAUGCACUGAAUGCGAGUAUUUUUCGAAGAGAAAGAAUGAUUUGCACAAGCAUAUGCUGAUACACAGCGACAGACAGCUGUCGGGACUGUACAAGUGUCUCAAGUGUGCAUACGCAACAGACAAGGUUGCCAGAUUCUCAAACCACGUCAUGAGCAAAUGCGUUUUCUGGGAAUCACCGAUCAGUUUGGAGCAUAUAAUGCUGGAAGACAUUUUGGCGACCGUAGACAAAAACGGCGUACACGUAUUAUUAAACGAUUCCGAUGAUGAAAAUACAAACGAACAUGCCGAAUUCGUCCGGUAUAUCGAACACGCAGCUAUCAAAAGUGGCGCUGUGCACACGGACGAAGGAUCAGCCGUAAUUGAAGAUGAAACCGUCGAAGCACAGUUGAUAGAAGAAGAAGGCGCGAUUGUAAUACCAGGCGAUGAUAACGACGAAGAAGAGAAUUGAACGUUGAAAACUAAUUCGAUUAUUUUUCUAGAAAACGAUUUGUAUUAGUAGAAUUUUUUUUUUUUUUUUGGUAAAUUUUGAUAUUAAGUUUUAAUGUAAUAAUGUUCAGUUUCAGGAUUUAUCAGUUAUAAUGUGUUAUUCACAAUGCACAAGUAUUUCACGAGUAUUCCGUUGUGGUUUUCUUUAUUACCAUCACAGAGCUUUUACUGCUGGCUUUAAUACAUUUUAGUGCUACCUAUCUGGUGACGAGUAAGUAAAAUAUGUUUUUCUUAUCGCCAUAAUUUGCUUCUUAACGUGUUCAAGAAAUAUCGAUAGUUUAUAUUUUUCUUUUUAAUUGAAUAUUCGUCUUUUUAUUUACUUUGUUUUCAAAAUACUUCCGAACCGUGCUAUUUUAUUUCUACUAAUAUAACUCGUUCUUGGUAUUCUUAUUUUUUUAUUGUUACCAUAUGUAAUUCAGUGUCAUCGUUUUCUCGAUAAACCAAAAAUGUAGAUACUAUUUAAUAGUUUGUAGAUCUUAGCAGAGUUUCACAAAUAUCUUACACUGUAAUGGCUUUCAUUAUAUGGUAUAAGUAUAUUGUGUGUUAUAUGUGUAUAAAAAUAAAGUUUUCACACCCUU